AUGGCCUCGACCGUCCCAGACCAGCCAACAUGGACAUCCAAACUUGUUCGCGAUACUUUUCUCCAAUACUUUCAGAAGCAUGGCCAUACGUUCGUUGCUUCAUCCCCUGUCGCCCCCCUAUCUGAUCCUACUCUGCUAUUCACGAAUGCGGGCAUGAAUCAGUUCAAGUCAAUCUUUUUGGGUACAGUGAAUCCAAAUUCAGAUUUUGCGCAACUGAAGAGUGCCGUCAACUCCCAAAAAUGCAUUCGCGCAGGAGGAAAACAUAAUGACUUGGAUGAUGUUGGGAAAGAUAGCUACCACCAUACAUUCUUUGAAAUGCUUGGUAACUGGAGCUUUGGCGACUAUUUCAAGAAGGAGGCCAUUCAUUAUUCCUGGGAGUUGCUGACGCAGGUGUAUGGACUCGACCCCGGUCGUCUAUACGUGACCUACUUCGAAGGAAAUAAAGAAGGUGGCUUAGAACCCGACUUGGAAGCCAAGGCGCUCUGGAAAGCCGCGGGUGUCCCCGAAGAUCAUAUCCUACCCGGAAACAUGAAGGAUAAUUUCUGGGAGAUGGGAGAUCAAGGCCCAUGUGGACCUUGUAGCGAAAUCCACUAUGACCGGAUUGGCGGACGUAAUGCCGCCUUUCUUGUUAACCAGGACGACCCGAACGUAUUGGAAAUCUGGAACAAUGUCUUCAUUCAAUAUAACCGCGAAACCGAUGGGUCCUUGCGCUCGUUGCCGAACAAACAUGUGGACACUGGAAUGGGUUUCGAGCGGCUUGUGUCUGUUCUGCAGGACAAAUCGUCAAAUUACGACACUGAUGUAUUCGGUCCGAUAUUUGAAACUAUUCAGAACAUCACUGGGGCACGUGAAUAUCAGGGCCGUUUCGGAACGGAUGAUGUAGAUGGGAUUGACACUGCUUACCGCGUGAUCGCAGACCACGUCCGAACUUUGAUGUUCGCGAUAUCAGACGGUGUGGUGCCAAAUAACGAGGGUCGCGGCUAUGUCAUUCGCCGUGUACUGCGUAGGGGUGCACGGUACGCCCGGAAAUAUUUCCAGGUUGAAAUUGGAAGCUUCUUCUCGAAAAUAGUGCCUACCGUUGUGAACCAGCUCGGCGACAUGUUUCCGGAGCUGAAGCAAAAGCAACAGGAUGUCAUGGAAAUAUUAGACGAGGAGGAAAUAUCCUUCGCAAAAACGUUAGAUCGUGGAGAGCGUCAGUUUGAGCAGUAUGCUCAUCAGGCCAAGGCUACAGGGGAUCACAAAUUGCACGGAGCAGAUGUUUGGAGACUCUAUGACACCUUUGGUUUCCCAGUCGAUUUGACCCGCAUCAUGGCCGAAGAGCGUGGUCUCGAUAUAGAUGAUCGCCAGUUCGAGGAGGCUCGUGCAAAGGCCAAGGAGGCUAGCAAAGGCCAGAAGAAAACAACGACUGGAAGCGUUAAACUUGACGUUCAUGACUUGGGGAAACUUGAAAGGAUGAACAAUGUGCCCAAAACUGAUGACAGUGCCAAAUUCGAGAAAGGAAAUGUCACCGCUCAAAUCAAGGCUAUCUAUCACGCAAAAUCUUUCCAUACGUCUACUCAAAGCAUACCCGGAUCAGAGCAAGUUGGCGUUAUCCUCGAUCGCACCAACUUCUACGCUGAACAAGGUGGACAGGAAAAUGAUACAGGACGAAUCAUCAUCGAUGGGCAAGCUGAGCUUGAUGUUGUGGAUGUCCAGCUGUAUGCUGGUUACGUCCUACACACGGGCUACAUGAAGUAUGGCUCUUUCACCGUCGACGAUACCGUCAUCUGCGAAUACGAUGAGCUCCGGCGGUGGCCCAUCAGGAAUAAUCAUACCGGAACACACAUUCUGAACUUUGCCUUGAGAGAGGUCUUGGGAGACGGUAUCGAGCAGAAGGGUUCUCUUGUUUCCUCGGAAAAAUUAAGAUUUGAUUUCUCUCAUAAAUCGCCCAUCGCGGAUGCGGACUUGGCCAAAAUCGAGGAAUUGUCAACUAAAUAUAUUCGACGCAAUUGCUUGGUGUACUCUAAGGAGGUCCCCCUUGCAGUCGCCCGAAACAUUGCGGGCGUGAGGGCUGUGUUUGGCGAGACUUAUCCUGAUCCUGUCCGUGUCGUUUCUGUGGGAGCUGAAUUGGAUGAAAUCUUGAAGAACGUCGGAGACCCGCGGUGGGCAGAGGUCAGCAUCGAAUUCUGUGGUGGUACCCAUGUGCAAAAGACAGGGGAUAUCAAGGAGUUGGUCAUCCUGGAAGAAAGUGGAAUCGCAAAAGGUAUUCGCAGAAUCAUUGCUGUCACUGGGGAAGACGCCUACGAAGUGCAGCGUAUCGCAGCUGAGUUUGAGAAGCGUCUGGACCACCUCGAGGCAAUGCCCUCUGGACCCGCCAAAGAACAGAAUGCGAAACAGAUCCAGGUCGAGCUUAACCAGCUGUCGAUAUCUGCAAUACGGAAAUCAAAAUUCCGCGAGCGUUUCACACAAAUCAACAAAAAGAUCAUUGACGAGCAGAAAGCACAACAGAAACUCGAGUCCAAGAAGGCCGUCGAGAGCAUCACCUCGUAUUUCGCGGCUCCGGAAAAUGCGGACAAGUCCUGGCUUAUUGCUAAGCUUCCGAUAUCCGCAAACUCAAAGGCUGUCAGUGAAUCUCUGACUUAUGUGAAAACGAAGCUCGCGGAUAAGAUGGUAUAUGUCCUUGCUCCCAGUGUUGAAGACGGUCGUGUAGCGCACGGGUGUCACGUCCCGAAGGCGGUUAGUGACCAGGGUGCGUCUGCCAGUGAAUGGUCCACCGCUGUUUCGAGAGCGGUUGGGGGCAAAGCCGGAGGCAAAGGCCCUACUUCUAUUGGUAACGGUGUCAAUCCUGAAAAGGUUGAUGAUGCCAUAGACUUGGCUUCGGAAUACCUUAGCAGAUUCAAGCUGUAG